CAAAGGAGAACAUGCCUCGGUUUACAAGAACAAAUCAAAGAACAGAAGCAGAGCAUUAGCAUUCAGUGGGAGUGUAGUAGGAAUCUGGAUCAAGCUGGCACUGCUGGGGCUCCUCGUUUGUUUUUUCCAUUUAUUUUGCAAAAGCUUCUGCUGGGAGGAGCAUCUGGUAAUCCCCUAUUUCCUCUAGAGGAAGUUGUAUCUCAACUUCCUUUACAAGCAAGUAUUUUUCUUGCAGUAAUCACAAGUUUUAGCAGAGAAGAACUGGACAGUGAGAUCUCUCCCGCGAGUACAUUUAUGCCUAAAACAUCCAAAGCAUGAGGCUGCCAGAAAAGAUUAUUUGGUUUAUAUUGUGGACUGUUUGUGUAGCAGAAGAUUGUAAAGGACCUCCUCCAAGACAAAAUAUAGAAAUUCUGUCAGGUGCCUGGCCUGACCAAGCAUAUCCAGAAGGCACACAGGCUAUAUACAGAUGUCGCCCUGGAUACAGAACUCUUGGAACUAUCAUAAGGGCUUGCAGGAACGGAGAGUGGGUGGCUCUUAAUCCAGCCAGGAUAUGUCGGAAAAAGCCCUGUGCACAUCCUGGAGAUACUCCCUUUGGUUCUUUUCAGCUUGUAGUAGGAGAUCAGUUUGAAUAUGGCGCGAAGGUUGUUUAUACAUGUGAUGUGGGCUAUCAAAUGGUAGGUGACACUGAUUUCCGGAUGUGUGAUGCAGAUGGCUGGACCAAUGAAAUUCCUGUAUGUGAAGUUGUGAAGUGUUUGCCAGUAACCGGACCAGAGAAUGGGCGAAUUAUCAGUGCAUCAGAACCUGACCAGGAAUACUAUUUUGGACAAGUGAUACAGUUUGAGUGCAAUUCAGGCUUCAAGAUAGAAGGACAUAAAGAAAUACAUUGCUCAGAAAAUGGUCUUUGGAAUAAAGAGAAACCAAAAUGUGUGGAAAUUUCCUGCAUAUCACCAGAAAUUAGAAAUGGAUAUUCUGUAUCUCAACAUACCAUUUUUAAGGAGAAUGAACGAUUUCAAUACAAAUGUAACCAAGGUUUUGAAUACAGUGUAAGAGGAGAUGCUACGUGCACUAAAUCAGGAUGGAGUCCAGAGCCUUCAUGUGGAGAAAAAACAUGUACUCCUCCUUAUAUUCCAAAUGGUGUCUACUCACCUCAAAGGAUUAAACACAGAACUGGAGAUGAAGUCACAUAUGAAUGUAAAGAUGGUUUUUACCCUGCCACCAGGGGAAAUAAGGUAAAAUGUACAAGUAGUGGCUGGAUACCCGCUCCAAGAUGUAGCUUGAAACCUUGUGACUUUCCAGAAAUAAGACAUGGAAGCCUAUUUUGGGAAAGUAGAUAUAGACCAUACUUUCCAGUACCUAUAGGAAAAUAUUACAGCUAUUACUGUGAUGACAAUUUUGUGACUCCUUCGAGGUCACGCUGGGAUCACAUCCACUGCACAAAAGAAGGGUGGGAGCCAAAAGUACCAUGCUUCAGAACAUGUUAUCACAAUUAUGUUGAAAAUGGACAUCAUCCAUCUGCAGGAAAAACAUAUUUACAAGAUCAGUCUGUAGAGGUUAAGUGUUAUCCUGGCUAUAGUCUUCCAAAUGAGCAGACCAAAAUUACAUGCACAGAGGAUGGCUGGUCCCCUCCUCCCAAGUGCAACCGUAUCAAAACAUGUUCAAAAUUAGAUAUAGAAAUUGAAAAUGGGUUUCUCUCUGAAUCUGAUUAUAUAUAUGUUUUAAAUAAAAAAACACAAUUUAAGUGCAAACCAGGAUAUGUCACACCAGAGGGAGAAACAUCAGGACCAAUCACAUGUCUGGAAAAUGGAUGGUCACAUCAACCCAUUUGCAUUAAAUCUUGUGAAAUGCCAGUAUUUGAGAAAGCUGGAACCAAAAAUAAUCGUACUUGGUUUAAAAUCAAUGACAAGUUGGACUAUGAAUGCCAUGUUGGAUAUGAAAACAAAUUUAAACGUGCCAAAGGUUCCAUAACAUGUUCUUACAAUGGAUGGUCCGACACACCCACAUGUUAUGAAAAAGAAUGCACAAUUCCCCAAAUAGAAAAGUUUGUACUUGUUGGUCUCACGAAAGAAAAAUAUAAAGUUGGAGACUUGUUGCAAUUCUCCUGCCGACCAGGAUUCACAAGAGUUGGACCGGAUUCUAUGCAAUGUUAUCACUUUGGAUGGUCCCCUAAUGUCCCAACAUGCAAGGAUCAAGUACAUUCAUGUGGUCAACCUCCUGAACUCCUCAACGGGGAAGUGACAGAAAUGGUGGGACGAGUAUAUGAGCACAAUGAAGUGGUGGAAUACAAAUGCAAUCCUAGAUUUUUGUUGAAGGGGCCAAAUAAAAUCCAGUGUGUGGAUGGAGACUGGACAACUUUGCCAAUAUGUAUUGAGGAGGAAAGAACAUGUGAAAACAUACCUGAACUUGCCCACGGCUAUGCCCUGCCUUCUAACCCUCCCUAUCACCAUGGAGAUUCAGUGGACUUCAACUGUACCGAAAACUUCACAAUGACUGGACACCGAUCAAUUACAUGUGUUAGUGGAAAGUGGACCCCACUUCCUGAAUGUGUUGCAAUAGAUCAACUGAAGAAUUGUAAAAUGCUCAAGGUAAUGAUAAAUCAAGGCAGUCAAUCAGACAAGGAUGAAUUUCACCAUAACUCUAACAUAACUUACAAAUGCAGAGGAAAGUCAAAACUUCAGCAUGCAAUCUGCAUAAAUGGAAGAUGGGCUCCUGAACCCACCUGUACAAAAGUAGAAAAAGCCUCAUGUGCACCUCCACCUCAGAUUCCCAAUGCUCAAAAUAUGAUAACCACCGUGAAAUACAAAGAUGGAGAAAAAGUGUCUAUUCUUUGCCAAGAAAAUUAUUUACCUCUGAAAACAGAUGAAAUUGUGUGCAAAAAUGGAAGAUGGCAGUCGAUACCGCGCUGUGUAGAGAAAAUUCCUUGUUCUCAACCACCUCAAAUAAACCAUGGAACUACUGAACCACCUGGAUCUUCAGAAGUUAGUAAAGAAGCCACUGAAUCUAGAAAAUAUGCACAUGGUACUAAAUUGAAUUAUACUUGCGAAGAUGGUUUCGUAUUAUCUGAAGAAUAUGGUAUAACAUGUCACUUGGGAAAAUGGAGUUUGCCCCCUGAGUGCGUCGGCCUUCCUUGUGAACCUCCACCUUCAAUUUCUAAUGGUUUUGUGUCUCAAGAGUUAGAAAAUUAUAAAUAUGGAGAAGAAGUUACAUACAACUGUUUGGAAGGAUUUGGAAUUGAUGGACCUGCUUUUAUAAGAUGUUUGGGAAAAAAAUGGUCCACUCCACCAGUCUGCAUAAGAACAGAUUGUUUUAAUGUGCCCACCUUUGAAGGUGUCAUACUUGUAGGACAGAAGAAGGAAUUUUACAGGUCGGGAGAACAAGUGACUUAUGGAUGUCCACAAUUUCACUACUUGGAUGGUUCUAAUACUGUGACAUGUGCUAAUGGCAAAUGGAUAGGCGAGCCAAAAUGCAAAGAUAAUUUCUGUGUGAAUCCACCAAUAGUGAAAGAUGCUACUAUAAUAUCAAGCCAGAUGACCAGGUAUCCACCUGGGGAAAGGGUACGGUAUCAAUGUAACAAACCUUUUGAAAUAUUUGGAGAAGUAGAAGUAAUGUGUCUAAAUGGAACUUGGACAGAACCACCUCAGUGUAAAGAUUCUACAGGAAAAUGUGGGCCUCCCCCGCCUAUUGCCGAUGGCGACAUUACUUCAUUCCCUUUACCCGUAUACCCCCCGGACUCAUACGUUGAAUAUCAGUGCCAGUACUUGUAUCAACUUCAGGGUGACCAGCAAAUAGUAUGCAGAAACGGAGAGUGGUCCAAACCACCGAAAUGCUUGAAACCAUGUGUAAUAUCAGAAGAAAUUAUGGAAAAAUAUAAUAUAACUCUGAUGUGGAAAAGAAGGCAGAAGCUUUAUUCCACCCCGGGGGAUUCUGUUGAAUUUAAAUGUAAAUCUGGAUAUCAUCCAAUAACUAGGAAACCAUUUCGUGUAGUUUGUCAUGAUGGUCAGCUGGACUAUCCCAGUUGUGUCCCAAAUGUACAUUAUAUUAAUUAUGGAUAAAGGCAUUGGUAUGUUUGGCUUUAUUCAGAAUUUUUAUUAGUAAUCCAGUUCUAAGUUUCAUUUUUAAGUAUUGUUCAGCUCAUUUUUAUUCAUAAAUGAGAAUUUGGGUGGUUGUGCAGUGAUGUGUUUAGAAUUUGCGAGGUCAGUGGCACACUUCUUAAAAUAUUGCAUUCAAACUUGGCAAAAUGAAAUGCUAUGUAUCCUUUUCAUAAAACUGUAGCAAGAAAUGUAAUUACUUCAGUGUUUGUCUCUUCCCACUAUCACUGUUUCAAAUCUCGUACAGCUUUCUAUAUCACUUCUGAAGCUCACUGAGAGUCUUUGUUUCACAGUGCUUGAAAAGGAUACUGUCACCACCUUUAAAAUCCUAUCACUCACGAACAUGUGAAAAACAAAGCCACAACUAACUAUAAAUGUAUGCAAUUACUACUUAUUACUUAACUAUUAAUGAAUGAAUGUAAAAAUGAUGACAUAUAUGUACUUAUAAAAUAUAUUACUCUAGCACCUUUAAUAAUACAAACAAAUCUGAAAUAGAAGUUAAAGCUGAAUUGUGCAUAUAACUGUAUGAAAAACUUCUAGCCAGACUGAAAAAGAAAAAUAAAAUCAUAAAUGAAGAAAAUACAAUA